UGCGUGACGUCAUGACGCGCAGGACUCACAGCCGCAUUGUUGUUGGGGGAAGAGAAGCUCACAAGCUCAGCUAGUCGGCUCUGCAAUCAUUGAGGGACGCCAGCAACACCACCGCGGUCGUCCAAUUUGUUUUUGCCUUCUGUCGCCUUCGAUACUCGGCGGCUACGAGCACGCCUCGUUCGGUUCAGCACCAAGCGCCGGCUGGAUGUGGAUUUAACCUAACUGCCGCUUGGGCUCCGCAGGCCUCGCCGCCGCCAUUGCCAGUCCUGCUCCUCUCCUAAAGCUGAGUUCUUGAGAAUACCGAGCAUCUUGCGCGGCAUGAAGAAGAAAGCCCGCCACCAGCGCCCGGCGGCGCUGAAGAGGGACUCUUCGCCCAUCAAGCCGUCGCCCAACCGGGAAACGCUGACGUACGCGCAGGCCCAGCGCAUGGUGGAGCUGGAGGUGGACGGCCGCAUGCACCGGCUAAGCAUCUACGACAAGCUGGACAUUAUCGGCGACGACGACCCCACGGCGCAGGAGAUCCUCGAGUGCAACAGCAACAAGGAGAACAGCGAGAAGCCCCAGCAGGUCCUGGUGCGCUCAGUGCGCCUCAAAAACAGCCAGCGCAAGAAGAACGUCACGUUGGCGCCCCCGCACGGCACCGCCCAGGUCGCCGCCCUGCUGGAGCCUAAAGUCAGAACGGUGGAGUACAACCUUCCCGUGGUGCCCAAAAGGCCGCCGGCGUACUACAAGUACACGGAGCGGACGGCGGAGGAACUGGACGAGGAGGUGGAGUACGACAUGGACGAGGAGGACUACGCCUGGCUAGAGCUGCUCAACGAGAAGCGCAAGAGCGAAGGCAUCAGCCAGGUCUCCAACAACCUCUUCGAGUUCCUCAUGGACCGCUUCGAGAAGGAGUCGUACGCUGCCACGCGGGGCCAGAGCGAGCCGCGGUCGCUGGUGGACGAGGACGCCGUGUGCUGCGUGUGCAUGGACGGUGACGGCGCCGACAGCAACGUCAUCCUCUUCUGCGACGCCUGCAACAUCGCCGUGCACCAGGAGUGCUACGGCGUGCCCUACGUCCCUGAGGGCCAGUGGCUGUGCCGCCACUGCCUGCAGUGCCCGGCGCGGCCCGCCGACUGCGUCUUCUGCCCCAAUCGGGGCGGCGCCCUCAAGAAGACAGAUGACGGUCGCUGGGGCCAUGUGGCUUGCGCACUGUGGGUCCCCGAGGUGGGCUUCUCGGACACGGUGUUCAUCGAGCCCAUCGACGGCGUGCACAACAUCCCGCCCGCUCGCUGGAAGCUGACAUGCUACCUGUGCAAGGAGAAAGGGGCGGGCGCCUGCAUCCAGUGCGACCGGGUCAACUGCUACGCUGCCUUCCACGUCAGCUGUGCCCAGAAGGCCGGCCUCUUCAUGAAGAUGGAGCCCGUCGGGGAGGAGACGCCGCCCGGCGCCUUCUCCGUCAAGAAGACUGCAUACUGCUGCAGCCACACGCCCGACGGCUGCGACCGGCGCCCGCUCAACAUCUACGAGCGGCCGCACCCCAAGAACGGCGCCUGCCACAAGCGUGGCGACAGGCGCGGCAGGGCGCGCGCCAAGGCCUGGUACAGGAAGCGCAGCAAGCGGGCGGAGCCCCGGCCCCAACCGCAACCGGAAUCCGAGGGCCCUGGCAAUUGUGGACCCACUAUCGCCGCCUCCAGUUUGGACACCAUCCUUAACCAGGUGGCGGUCCAGAGGAAGCGACCAUUUGUGGAGCGCGUUCUAAGCUACUGGGUGCUGAAGCGGCAGUCCAGGAACAACGUGCCGCUCAUCCGCCGCCUGCAGGCCAACCCGCCCCAGCCGCCCAAAUCCACGUCGGCGGAUCGCGCGGAGAGCAACCAGGUGCUGAAGGAGCAACUGAAGGAGUGGCACCGACUCCGACACGACCUGGAACGCGCGCGACUGUUGCUGGAGCUCAUCAGGAAGCGAGAGAAGCUCAAGAGGGAGGAGAUGAAGCUGCAGCAGUCUGCGCUGGAGGUCCAGCUGAUGCCCUUUAACAUCCUGCUGAGGGCCGUGCUCGGCCAGCUACAGCAGAAGGACCAGUACAACGUCUUUGCUCAGCCCGUCAGCACCAAGGAGGUCCCAGACUAUUUGGACCACAUCAAGCAGCCCAUGGAUUUCUCCACCAUGAGGACGCGCAUUGACGGCCACGCCUACCGCAGCCUGGACGACUUUGAGGCCGACUUUGACUUGAUCAUCGCCAACUGCAUGAAGUACAACGCAAAGGAGACCUUCUUCUACAAGGUGGCCCAGAGGAUGCAGGACAACGGCGGCGUCAUCCUGCGCCGCGCCCGCAAGGAGGCCGACCGGAUCGGCUUCGACUUCCCCAGCGGACUGAUGCUUCCCGAGGCCCCCAAACUGGAGGUGCCGCCGCCCUUCACCUGGGAUGACGUGGACCACCUGCUGAGCCCCUCGUACCGGCGCCUGACACCACUGGAGGAUCAGCUGAAGGAGCUCCUAGAGAAGCUGGACCUGAGCACAGCCAUGAAGAACAGUCCGUCUCGUAGCAAGAGGCUCAAGCUACUCAAGAAGACCAUCAUGGAGGUCCGUAGCGAUAUGAGCCUCAAAAAGUCUUUGCCACCAUCGCAACCGGUCGCUGCCCAACCGGCAGAAGCGCCGCCGCCCUACCUGGGACCGCCCUCCCUGAAGCCGGUGACGCAUGCCCCCACAGAGCCGGGUGACGUCACUUGCACCUCAGCUACCUCAUCGCCGUGCCCCAAGCUCAACGGGCACCUCUGCAUUGGCCACGAAACUGAGCGAAGGACCAACGUCCUCUUCCGCAAGUCCAAGAGCGUCAGUCCGCAGAAGCCACCCAAAGAUCAGGAAGUGUCCGCCGUCCCCUCGCCAUCUUCGCCCCCGCCGCUGGGCGCCAAGACCUUCCUGUCGGUGGUCAUCCCUCGACUGGAGACGCUCCUGCUGCCCAAGAAGAGGCCGAGGAGCAGCAGCGUUGACGGCGAGGAAGACGAGGAGUCGCCCAUCAAGCGUCUGGGCACAGGGAUCGCCAACGGUUUUGUGGUGGAGGAGGAGGAGGAGCAAGCAGUAGUCUCGCCACCUCGAAUGCUAGAGCCUCGACGCCGCUGCGCGUCCGAGUCCAGCAUUUCUUCGGGGGGCAGCGCCCUGUCCGGAACCAGUACCGGAGUAGUCUCCAAAAGUGGCAAAGGGCGACCGGCGGCGGCUCGACGCAACACAGUGGACGACAAAAGUGUUCAUACGUCCUGCGCCGAGAACGCAGAGUUCAGCCACACUGUCAAGGUCUCGUCAGAGGCGUGGAAGCCCUCAGCCACCUUCCCCUUUGUCGUGGAGCCUCUUAAGAUAGUUUGGGCUAAAUGUAGUGGAUAUCCCUCCUAUCCCGCCCUGAUCGUGGACCCGCGAGCGAGGAGGACGGGCCGGCCGCCCCGGCGCCAGAGCAGCGGGGCGGCGACGGGGGCGGAGCUUCCCCGCCCGCCGCGGGACGUGCUACGAGCCGGCGAGCGGAUGCAGUUCAGGUCCGCCGAGAAACUCUUCCUCGUCCACUUCUUCGACAGCAAGCGCAGCUGGCAAUGGCUUCCUAGAUCCAAGAUGUCCCCGUUCGGCGUGGACCGCGGUCUGGACCGGGUCAAGCUGCUGGAGUCCCGCCGCUCUCACCUGCAGAAGUCGGUGCGGCGAGCCUUCGAGCGGGCCACGAAGCACCUCGACCUCCACGGCGGCCGGCGGGAGAGCGACGCCCGCUGAACGCCGACGGCGGCCCCCUCCAGUCGCCUCGUCUCUCCUGGUUUUGGUUUGUGUUGGCCGCCGUCGCCGCGUCUGGCUCUUCGCGCACAAACAUCUGAUGUACUGUAGCCUGCGGCGGCCGUCUUGUUUUGUCCCCAGACCUAUGCAACGCCGACACCGCGACCAAACAACCAAACGACCAACCUACCAACGAAUGUGCCCAUGAGACCGCCUCACAUGUGCUGCAACUAUCUGUCACCGCUGGGCGUGUGCGCACACACGUGUACGUGAGUGUAUGUCUGGGUGUUUGUGCGCAAGUUUCUAUGUACGUGUGUGAGCGUGAAUGUAUGCAUGUGUGUCUGUAUUUGUUUGUGCACAUGCGUUUGUAUGUAAGGUAGUGUGUCUGUGCGUGUUUAUAAAUGUGUACGUGUGUUUGCAUGUGUCUGUGUGCGAAUCUAGGUGUGCAUAUUUUUGCGCACGUACGCAUGCAUGUGUAAGGAUGCGUGUACAUGUGUCUGCUUGUCUUUGUACACAAGAGUGUGUGUGUGUGUGUGUGUGUGUGUGAAUGUGCGUGUUUGCACAUGCAUCUGUAUGUGGUUGAGCGUCUUCGUACGUGUGUGCGCACGUCUGUCAGCUGGUGUAAAUAAAGAGGUCCUUACGUGACACUAAUUUAUUCGUUUCUAAUCGGACAUUCUGAGGCGACAAAGGACGCCGCCAUCUUGUGGUGCUAUCUCAUUCAUCAUGUAUCGGUUUUUUGCUUUCUUUAAAUUUGUACUUUUUUUUUUUUAAGUUAUUGACUUUUCAAGCUAUGACGUCUUUGGCAUUAAUUUUGUUUGUUUUAUAAAGUAUGUUUU